UAAGUCAUAGAAGAGAUGAGCGCUUCAUCAUUCAUAAGAGCACUGCAACGUUUUGUUUCUCUACGUGGUUCAGUGAAAGAGAUACGUUCAGACCGAGGGACCAACUUCCUAGGUGCCCUGGAUGCGAUUCAAGCAGAUGCUGUUUAUACAGAUAAAGGACCAAUCACGGAUUACCUUCACAACAACAGGAUAACAUGGAUUUUCAAUCCACCCCAUGCAUCACACAGAGGAGGAUCAUGGGAGACGAUGAUUUGGAUCUCGCGUAAGAUACUUGACGCCAUAUGUUAUUGAACCCUAAUGCGAAACAGUUGUCCCAUGAAGUCUUGUGUACAUUCAUGUGUGAAGUGUGCGCAAUUGUGAACUUCCGACCUAUUUGUUUGCAGCCAUAUGAACCUGACAGUCCGCAUGCCAUCAGUCCUUCAAUGCUACUUACCCAGAAAGGUUUCAUAGACAGUCCUCUAGAGACUUCUGGUGACAUAAAGAAAAUAUCUACAAGGCUCAGUGGAAACACGUGCAGCACCUUUCCGAUACCUUUUGGAAGCGUUUAAAAGAUAGACACUUGCAGAAUCUCCAGGUAAGAUGGAAAUGGUGUGAGGAGCGUCCUGACGUGCAAGAAGGCGACGUGGUCCUAUGACGUGACAAGGAGUUACAACGUGGACAAUGGCCCAUGGGUUUGAUUGUGAAGACUUUCAGCAGUAGCAAUGAUGGGAAGGUGAGAAAAGUUGAGGUUCGCGUGGUCAGAGAUGACAAGGUUACAACAUAUAUUCGACAAAUAACGGAAUUGGUGCUACUGAUUAACUGAACCUGUUCAAUUUAUUAAUGUGCUUUAGUUUGCAUGUUGUAAAAUAAUCUACUUGUUCGAUUUUGUGUCAUAUGAUUUUAAGAAUGUGUAUGAUAUAAGGUGGGGAGUGUAAUGUGUUAGAAACAUUCUACGUACUAAUUACUGAGUAAACAUUUUGAGUUUCACAUGUCGGCCGGAGCUGAGCUGUUUUGCUAGAGAGGAAUUUCUCAAUUUGUGUGAAUUGUGUAGUGCCAUAGUUCGGUAUGGUUUGGUCUGCAAUUCUGAUUCUGAUGCUAUCAAUAUUAGUUAUAUCGUUUUCCGAUUAUGAAUUUGAAGUUUUCCCUGUUGAAGUCUGUCCUCGAAACACGGAAGAAAGUAUCAACGCAUCACUUCGGUUAAACUGCAACACAACACAUGGAUAUCACUGUGUACCUAACAAAAACUUUACAUCUCUCAUUGAAUUUUGUUAUCCAAGGGGAGAGAAGAUCCCAUUUCAUAAGGGUAACUGUUUAGAACUAGCAGACGUUGGUAUUCUGAAUCAUGUAAAAUGCGACAAGACCUUCCUUUGUGGUUGUCCUGAUGAAUUCUACUUCAGCAACGAACUCUACAAAUAUCCACUGUGCACAAAUAUAAACCCAAAAUUUGGAUGCUUCAGCGCGGACAUGGAAUGUAUUGUGUCAAGAUUUAUGGAGAACAUGACAAAGAUACAGAACUAUUCCAACUAUAUAACUGACAAAAACAACAAACACGAGUAUAACUAUUCCAACAGCAGCAUCGAUACAGACAACCGAAAAGAUAACGCCUUUGUUCUUAAUUGCACUGUAGAUAGGGUGGUAUCUGUAACUGUGACACUGGUUCUAUCUGUAAUCAUUAUUAUGAUAACUUUUCUUCUGCGGUGGAAACGGGACAGAAAAAAUGACCACAAAUCUCUGCCAUGUAGGCCCAUUGUUAAAUAUUCACCUGCGCCUUCUCAAGAUCCACCAGUUAAAACGUUGUCUUCUGAAUCAGAUUCCAAUAUUGAUGGAAAUAUACCACUGACAAGGGCACGCAGUAGUCGGCAUACAGUUAGUGAUUUGAAUCCGAUAUCAGCCAUUCGACGAAGAAUCAUGGAAGGAAGACAGCAAUCAUCCGUUGAAACUGCAAGGAAACAAUUAGGCCGUAGAGGAUUUAAUCCCUUACAUAUUGCCGCUAAAGAGGGCAAUUUGGAUGCGUUUAAGACAACUUAUGAAGCUUGUGAUGAUAUCACAUCCACGACAACAGAUGGGCGCAACAUUCUGCACAUUGCCGCAUAUUACGGGAGUUAUGACAUUUGCGAGUACAUUUUGAUUGAGAAGAAAGAAUUGUAUGAUAAAACAGACAAUUACCAAAUGUACCCUGCACACUGGGCCGCCCUUGCCGGGCAUGUAAACAUUCUGGAACUAAUGUCAAACCAUGGCUGUGAUUUAGCAUAUAAAACUCGUAAAUACGAAGAAAACAUUGUAUUGUUUGCUUGUAUGAACACGGGUUUAGAUGUGUUUAAAUUUGUGGCAAAAAAUGAAAAUUUAGCUACUUUACUUCACGCCAAAAACAGAGAAAAUUGGAAUUCAAUUCAGUAUGCAGCCAAAAAUGGAAAUCUCGAAGCAGUCAAGUUUCUUUACGAGAAUGGCGUUGAUAUUAAAAACAAAUCCCAUAAAACGGGGAAAAAUUGUUUACAUACAGCUUGUGAGAAAGGAUUCAAUGACUUAUGUGCAUAUAUAUUGCAAAAAUGUCCAGACCUAAUACAAGAAAAGGACAAGAAUAACAAACAUGUCGGUCACUUUGUGGCAAAGAGUGGUAAUACAAAUAUCCUUAAAGAAUUGUUAAAAUACAGAGGUAAAUCGUUAUGGAAAAAGGCCACUUCAGACAAUGUCAACGUUCUGCAUAUUGCCUGCAAAUACGCAAGGCUUGACAUGUGUAUUGAAUUCGAAAAACUAGAUAUUCUUCAUGAUUUGGUUCUUGAACUCACUGAGAAAGGUUGGAAUGCUGCUUUAUUUUUAACAGAGAGAGCUGAAAAUGAGUUGAAGCGAAUUGAAAUUUUGAAACUUCUUGAUAAACAUGGCCUAGACGUUCAUCAUGCAUCAAGAGCAGGAAAAACCAUUCUAUACAAUGCUUGUGCAAAUCAGUCUACAAAAUUAAUCGAAUACCUAUUACAAAAUUAUCCUGAUUUGUUAUGUCUCGAAAGAUCUAUUGAUGCUAAAACUGCCACAGAUUCAACUGAAAUUAAAUCACUUCUUGAUGAGUAUCGGCAAAAAAUAGUUGGACAUCAAUAACCAUAAAUUUUUGUGUUGUUAUUAAUUAUGACUACUGACUUAUUACAUAUCUAAGGCAAUGUUGUUUUCUUUAAUUUUAGCAAGUGUCUAAGGAGGCAACCUUUUAAAAAUGUUAAUAUUUUGAUAUGCAAUUAGUUAAUGUACAACUAUAAAAGAAACAGUUUCGGUUAAACCUGUGUUUUUUUUUUGUUUAAUUUCAUAAUAUAGUACAGUACCACGCAUGUCAGCCAUUUCAAAAUACUACAUGUACUAAUUUUCUUCGUGUUGUUUCACUAUGUUUCUUAUUGGAAAAAAAAUUAACAAAUUUGUUUUAAAAGAAGAUAGCGUUUUUGAAAAUGAAAAAAAUAAAUAAUCAAAACUGUAUUUUAUACUUUUGUAUAAUUAACAUUUAUAAUUUUAAUUUAAAAUACAAAAAUUGUGAUAUUUUUUUAAUGCAUCGUUUUGAAAUUUUAGUAUUUUUAAGCAACGUAAGGAAUGUUUUUGUACGACAGACUAACACACUAUUGUAAAUAAACAAAUAAAUUAUUUUUUGAAAUUACCUUAGUGCAAUAUUCAAUUGUUUAU